GUCUCCAGAGCAUCAGGUAAAGUUAGAGAAAGAAUUUGAGAAGAUUGAUGACAUCCAGAGGAAUUGUUCCAGCAAAAAGGAAGAAUUGGAGAGAUCAGAAGCUGAAAUAAAGACACAAAUCAGUGAGAUUAAAGAAAAGUUAUCAAAUAACUUCUCUGAAUGGAGGAGAAAGCUGGAUGAAGAUGAAGAAUCCACCAUGAGAGUGAUCGAUGAGGAGGGACUCCAAGCUCUCUCUCAGAUUCGAAGCUGUUCUGAAGCAUUAAACAGCAAGAUGGAACAGAUUGCAUCAAUAGAUGGAGAAAUCCAGAGUUUCUUGCAGAAGGACCCUCUCUCCAUUAUUCAGAACUCGAGGCAGCUGAUUUCCAGAGUUAAAGAGACAAAGAGAAUCACAGAGCCAGAUGUUCCAGUGGUCAUCCUCAACCUGUCCAAUAUAUCUCAACAACUCCAAAAGAAGCUGAAGGGAUGGGAAAUGUACCACACAGACAUAUUGGGAGCCAUCAGGAAUAGCCCACUGAACCUGGAUCCGAAAACAGCAAACUUCAACUUGAUUCUGUCCAAUAAUCUGCGAUCUGUAACGUGGACUGGACAGGAACAACCCUAUCCACCUCACCCCCAGAGAUUUAAGGUCUGUCCCCAAGUUCUCUGCUCCCAGAGUUUCAGCUCAGGUUCCCAUUCCUGGGAUGUACAGAUUGAUGGGAAUGAAUGGGGUGUAGGGAUUGUGUAUGAAAGUUUGGACAGGGAGGGGAAAUCAUCUUAUCUGGGAAGUAACAGUAAAUCCUGGAGUUUAGAUUGUGGUUAUAUUAUUCCUGACUAUCUUUGGGCCCGGCACAAUUCCCAGUUCACCCUCCUCCCAUCAAUCCAGUUUAACCCCAGGAUCCGAGUCCAAUUGGACUAUGAGGCUGGGACUUUGUCAUUUCAUCAAGUCACUGACUCAUUGAGACAUUUACACACUUUUCAAUCCACAUUCACUGAACCCCUGUUUCCAGCAUUUUAUUGUUAUUGGAACACAUCCAUAAAACUGCUCAUUUAAUCCUGAUAGCAGAGUCUCACAGCCAUCACUUCCUGGUUGGGGAGUUUCAUGAUAUCACUUCCUGUUUGGGUAUGUAGAACUCAGAAAUAUGUCACUUCCUGGUUGUCUUGGAGGGUGUGACUUCUAACAAUUCUUGGAGAUUUUUGAUGAUGUCACUUUCGGGUUGACUUGGCAGGGUCUUAUUGUGUUGCAUCAUAUCAGCUUGUGGCUUUUUAAUGAUAUCCCUUUUGGAUUGCCUUUCAUUCACUUCUGGGUCACCUUGAUGGAUUCAAAUGUUGGGUGGCUUAAUGCCAUCUCCCAGUGGAUUUCGUGAUUUCUGAUGUCAUUUUGUAUAAGGCCAUGAUGAUUUUGAAAGGAUUAAUGUUGAAGAUUGCUUCACCUCUACCCAAUCUGAAGAAGGGCUUAUGCCCGAAACGUCGAUUCUCCUGUUCCCUGGAUGCUGCCUGACCUGCUGCGCUUUUCCAGCAACACAUUUUCAGCUCUGAUCUCCAGCAUCUGCAGACCUCACUUUCUCCUCUACCCAAUCUGACAAUAGCUUUGGGUAGAGAGUCCAGUGGAAAAAAAAUCAUCUGGGUCAUUGUUCACUGACGAAUCAAAGUCAAGAUCAGAAGUAACAUCACCAUUCCUGAAAAUAAAGUCUUACCAAUCUUCUAAGUAUGAACAGAAUGUAAUAAUUGUGAAACCUCCAACUGCCUGAAUUUCUGAAGUAAGAUUCUUAGGGGGUAGAUGUGGAGUGGUAAAAAUAGUUACGCAUAAAUGUUAACUGUGUGUGUUUGGGCAGAUGUUGUUUAAGAUAUGAUUCUGAAAGGAUGAAGGCUAAAGAUUGCAUUGAGUUCCAACCAAUCCAUCAAUGUUGCAAAGUCUC